AUGGAGGCGCCCAACUUGAUGUGUCUGCAGCAGCGGAGAUUCAGUCGGUUAGGUGGGAACGGCGUUGGAAUCAAAUACCCAGGUGUCAGCUGGAACCAGGUUGAAAUGGCAGACCAGUCAACAAUUAUGGUAACUCAUGCCCUGGACCACGUGGGUCGUUAUAAGCCUGGAGCGCAACCUCACUCUGUUCCGUUCGACCACGUGAGUGACUUGACCCGUGAGAUACAACGGUGGCCCGAACGUUAG